GGUGGGUGAGAGACAGUUAUAAUUAUAAAGACACCUUCGCUGACUGUAACAUCGAGUCUCUGUACUGCUUAAACGCCCAAGAGGACAAGACGUGGCUCAGGGCUUGGGUUGAAAAAUUGAGCAACAGGAAGCUGCGGUUCACUUUACUUUUGAUUAACGUGACUAGACCCAUGUUCGAAACCGUGAGGGGUAGCUGGAGACUGAUCACGCACAAAGCCAAUCCCAAACAACGUGUCUACUUCUCUCAGGAGAUUCAAGUGAAUGAGCCAGUUGAUCCAACUUGUAGUCUGAACUGGGCAAUCGAUGGACUGAACAUUACCUGUACUUAUCCAAGAUUAAUACAUUCACUAAAGAUGUCUGUGUGUUUUGGACCAUCUAGCAGCAAAUAUUUGUUCCUAAAUCACACCCGUCAUGGUAAUCUUUGUCACUUACUGGUCCCCAAAAAAGAUUUACCUUUCGGAAGCAACAGCCUUGUGAUCUACUUGUUCAUACGCCUGAGGAACUCAAGCGCCACGCUGAGUUAUGAAAUAGAACAUUCUUUUGUUUUAGAGAACCCACAGGUCAACAAAAUAGCGUGCUCAACUUCGAACAACACACCUGGUCGUAUUGUAUGCACGUGCGCUAGAACAGACUCCAGUGACGUCACAAGCGAGUUCACCUGGCGAGUCAACAACCUGAUACAACACAGCCAGCCCGGAUUGGACAUAAGUCAGGGAAGUCAUAACUCCGUCUUCACGCUGGACUUAUCGCUUUCAUUCGGCCUACAAGAAAUAUCUUGUCAGGUUAGUAACGUCUUUGGUUGGAAAAGUGGAGUCGAGGUGUAUACACUUGACGAGAAAGUACUAUUAGCUACCACAAUAAGAGAGUUGGAGCCAAUGAGUGAAAAUAAUAUCACAUCGGAACAUCUGACGGCCAGAGAACGCAAAGCAGCAAGCAAAUGGCGUAGAACCGUCUUUGGUGUUUCGCUAUGCGCUGUAGUCGUUUUGUUCUUUGUCAUUGUGGUGGUUUUCUCUUGCAACAAAGUCACCACAUAUAAAUGUGUGUCAAAAUCGUUCUGCCGGAGGGGAGUCAACACUAGCUAG